AUUGAGAAGAUUAGGGGGGAAAGUGUUGGAGACAAACAAUUAUCAAAGCUUCUGCCUUUGCCAUCAUGAGAGAACAGAGUAUAUAACUUUCAACGAUAUGAUUCCAUUGAAACGUACCCAUCAAUCUUUACCCGCUGUUUCUUUUUUAGGGGGCGGAAAGGGGUUUGGUUUUCUUGUGUGCAAGGCUAUGCGUAGGCUUUAGAGAAAGGGAUAGCAGCGGUUUGGGUAGGAGUUAGAGAAUGACCAAGGAAGACGAUUUUGACCCCCCAGAAAACAGGGGGUGGUCAAGGUCACCGGGGCCGGAGAAAUGGGCGGUUAGCUUCCGCCGGGAUCUGUUGGCCGGAGCGGUGAUGGGCGGUGUGGUGCACACGAUCGUGGCCCCAAUUGAGAGGACCAAGUUAUUGCUGCAGACCCAAGAGAGCAAUCUCGCCAUUGUGGGAGGUGGGCAUCGGAGAUUCAAGGGUAUGCUGGAUUGCAUCGUCCGUACGGCCAGAGAGGAAGGCUUUCGUUCCCUAUGGAGAGGCAAUGGCAGCAGCGUCCUCAGAUAUUACCCCGCUGUUGCUCUUAAUUUCUCCCUCAAGGAUCUUUACAGAAACAUAUUAAGAAGUGGGAACUCUCAAAAUGGUCGUAUGUUUUCUGGAGCAUCUGCCAACUUUAUAGCUGGAGCUGCUGCUGGUUGUACAUCAUUGAUCUUAAUCUACCCACUGGACAUAGCACACACCCGCCUUGCUGCCGACAUUGGAAGAACGGAGGUUCGUCAAUUCCGAGGUAUCUACCAUUUCCUAACAACCAUACUCAAUAAAGAUGGAAUUCGAGGAAUUUACAGAGGCCUUCCCGCUUCCCUACAAGGAAUGGUAGUUCACCGUGGCCUAUACUUUGGAGGGUUCGACACAAUAAAGGAGAUUUUAUCAAAAGAAUCUAAUUCUGAGCUGGCAUUGUGGAAACGCGGGGUGGUGGCCCAAGCAGUCACAACGUCUGCCGGAUUGUUGUCAUAUCCACUGGAUACAGUUCGGAGGCGGAUGAUGAUGCAAUCCGGUUUGGAACAACCAAUGUAUGUAAGCACACUAGACUGCUGGAAGACGAUUUACAGGACAGAGGGGGUCGCUUCGUUUUAUCGUGGAGCACUAUCAAACAUGUUUAGAAGCACUGGUUCUGCAGCCAUCUUGGUAUUGUAUGACGAGGUCAAGAAGUUCAUGAACUGGGGAGGAUUAUAGCAAACAAUUCAAAUUUUUGUCUAAUACAUUCCUUUCUUUUAACCCACAAGUUAGAGUAGAAUGUGAUUAUUCACGUCAGAAAAAUUGCUUCACACAAAUGAAUAUUGUACCCUCAAUAUGUAGCUUGUCAUAGGGAAGACAUUCACUCGACAAACUCGUGUUAUUGAUUUUUCUUAGCAAAUAAGGGGAGAGGAUUACU